GGCGCUGCUUCGGGUCGGAGGCCGACGGCUGAGCGCGGCCAGCAUGGAGGCCAUCUGGCUCUACCAGUUCCGGCUCAUUGUGAUCGGGGACUCCACGGUGGGCAAGUCCUGUCUCAUCCGCCGCUUCACCGAGGGCCGCUUCGCCCAGGUCUCCGACCCCACCGUGGGGGUGGAUUUCUUCUCCCGUCUGGUGGAGAUCGAGCCCGGGAAGCGAAUCAAGCUACAGAUCUGGGACACCGCGGGCCAGGAGAGGUUCAGGUCUAUCACCAGAGCCUACUACAGGAACUCUGUAGGUGGCCUUCUCUUAUUUGACAUCACCAAUCGAAGGUCCUUCCAGAAUGUCCACGAGUGGUUAGAAGAGACCAAAGUCCAUGUCCAGCCCUACCAGAUUGUGUUUGUUUUGGUGGGUCACAAGUGUGACCUGGACACCCAACGGCAAGUGACCCGACACGAGGCAGAGAAAGUUGCUGCUGGGUAUGGUAUGAAGUACAUUGAGACCUCAGCCCGAGAUGCCAUUAAUGUGGAGAAAGCCUUCACAGACCUGACUAGAGAAAUCUAUGAGCUGGUCAAAAAGGGGGAGAUUACCAUCCAGGAAGGCUGGGAAGGGGUAAAGAGUGGCUUUGUGCCAAAUGUCGUUCACUCCUCAGAAGAGGUUGUCAAAUCAGAUAGGAGAUGCCUAUGUUAGCCAACCCUAGUAAGCCAGACACAAUUUUUAUUAAUAAAACAUACUGUACUAACUGAACAGAAAUGUAAUGGAGAGUUGUAGCAUACUAGUGUGCUCACCAGCAGGUGAGAGUAACUUUAGCCACAGAUGAGAAUGAUGUCACAUUCCCAAUAACCCUAUUUCCAAAUGGGAAAUCCAGACCUUGUCAGAAAGGCACAAUGGUGGAUGUUUGUGUUGAGGGUCUGUGGGAACUGGAACAGAGAGGAAACUAAAAACAAAAAAAAAAAAACCAAACCCCCUCCCAACCCCAACCCCAGAAUUGUCAUAUUCCAAGGGAAUUGUAGGUGAAGUGUCUGAGCUCAGGGAUCACUAUCACUGCUAUGUUCUGCCUCCUCUCCCAGCUUCAGAGUAACUUCUCCUACAGUGAGGUGGAGGCUGCUUGAGUUGCUCUCCAAGGACCCUUCCAGCCCCCAAAUUGUACAGUUCUAAUAGACAUAAUGCCAUGGGAUCAUUUUUUGAGGGGGUGGGGAAGAGGAGGGGAAAGGUCUGCCCCUGGGAUUUUGUUGAUGUGGGGGGAACUCGGGAUGCAAACACCCUCCACCAAUUCAGAUGAACACUUGUCGUGCAACUUAAUGUCUGAGAGAGAGAGAUGCUCGGGUGCUGAGAGGCUAAAUAAUUUGCUCAGAAUUACACAGCCAGCAUGAGUCAGAGGCAGGUCUUUCUGAGACGAAACAGCUCUUUAUCCACUAUACUACAGUGCCUCUCAAAAUUUUAGUGGGUCGUGAUUGUUAAUCUAAGAAGCGGAAGAGAAAAAUUCAAAUCCUGUUGUUUCUAAAGCCCUGGUCCUGGAUGGGCUUCAGCCCAUCUGUGUGAGGAGCCCUGGCAGGAAACUUUAGCUUCCAUAGAGUUUAUCCUUCCUUCACCCUGAUCCUACCCUUUUCCAAAACGAACAAAUCAAGAGUCUUAAACUCUUUGUCUUCAGUGGCAAGUUGAGAAGCCAGCUGUUGUGGGUUUGGAAAAUAUACUCAUGUAUCCAGAGGCCUGAGUCUCCACUUUCCAUCCAGGCCUUCUUUGUUCCUGUGAAGCAGGGGAGCCUGGGAAGCCAGGGAAAUGACAAGUGGUAGCUGAGCUCCUCUGCUACUAGGAAAUCAUUCAGAACAUCUCAAGCUGCACUUGGGGAGUGCCCUGCUCCCCAGUCUCCUCUAAGCCAUUCACAUCAAUUGGGGAAAUACAAGAAGAAAUUCUGUGCUGAAUUGAGCAGAAAUGCAUUAGCUUUUUGGGAACAUGGAAUGACAGUGAUUCAAUUUGAGAACCUGAAGAACAAAGUAGAAGGAAGGACCUUUGGGGGACUACCUAGUGUGGCCACCACACGGGCCUCUUUUAACGAGAGGUGGCAGACUGACCUCAGGCCAAGGAUGGGGGCAGAUACCAUCUGUCAAUGGGAUAUUUAUUCAGAGCUCCUGAUGUGUGUGCGCUCAAUGAUGUGCCAGGCAAAGAGGGAGAAGGAAAGACGAGUGAAGGAGAUCUCCCAAACUAGUAGGGAGGGAAGAGGACAACUUACUCACAUUAACAGAUGAUGAAAUAGACCCAUAACUAAGGACACACACACAUGUAGCCAGAUCAGUUUCUUCUCUACUUUAUAGUAGCUGGACAGGUCCUUGAGCAAAAAAAAAAAAAAAAAAAAGAAUGAGUCCAUUAAGCUGAAAACAGCUUGGGGGGCCACAGCGCACAGACCUGGAGUCAGGAAGUCCAGAAUGACCCCAAGCACAGUCCCUUCACUAAGUGUCUGCGUCAGUCUCCUCACCUGUAAAAUGGGGGUAAUAAUAGCCCCUACCUCAAAGGGUUGUUGUGAGGAUCAAAUGAGAGACAUUUGUAAAGUGCUUAGAGCUGCUAUUAUUUCCUCCACACCCUACCUCACCCCCAGCCUAAUGAUCAAGAAGGUGGAUUUUUUUUCUUAAUUGGGAAAACAGCACAGGUGGGGGCCCUCUGGAAAAUGAAGCUGGAACCCUCCUAGUAUUUGGCACUUUUUUUCCAGUGUCCUGUGUGUGAAGAAGAAAUAACUGAAUGAGGUAACUCUGAAAUGAGGGCUUCAGAGUUCAGUUCCCCCUGCAGCCAACAACCCACCUUUCUCACCCCCAUUUAGCAUCCUAACCUGGCAAGAGUGCUGAGCUCAAAAUCAAUAUGGGUUCAUUCCACCAACAACCAUUUGUCAUGGAUGUGCUGGGCACCACAAAUCUUACACUGAGAUACCCACUUUUCAAGGCGAUCCUUCCCCUCAUUUGAUUCUCCCAACAACUCUGUGAGCUCAGACAGGCAGGGAUAUUGUCCACAUUUUACAGGUACCAAAACUUAUUAGCCCCAGAGAGAAAGAAGCUCUGAGAUCAAGCAACUGGUGACUGACAGACAAGAUUCCAAUCCAGAUCCCCAGCAUAUCACACUACACUGUCCCUCACUGCCACUGAUCUUAGACUCAGGGGUAGGAGAGACCUGAGAGAUUAUUUAGGCCAGCCCUCCUCCCCCUUGAACAUCUGGGAAUUGAUGGGGAAAUAUCACAAUAUUUGUUUUUUCAGCAGUACAUUUUAUUCAAGUACACACCCAGGGAAUUGAAUUCUUUUUAAAAGAUAAAACACUUAUUAAACAUUCAAUCAUUACAUUCUUUUUAUUCAUAAAAAAUACACUAAGAUUUAGCUACACCUAAAUUUUAAAUUAACUAAACUUUCCAAAUGAGCCACAACUUUUUGGGAGAGACAUUAGGGUAUGACUGGCCCCACACCAUGAGUAGCAGCAUCUCGUACUCUCCAGUUGGGUUUUUGUGCCACCAGACCAUAAGCUUUUGAACUGUUUCCAUAUAAAGAAAGGUUCUUAGUAUUCAAUGUUAGCUAUAUUUUUACUACAAAAGCAUGAGUUCUUGCUCUAGUUAGUUGUAAUCUAAUCAUGAUUCCUUUUCACAAGAACUUCCAUCACUGAAUGAAUAUGUCAAAGAGAAACCAAGUUCAGCCACUGAAGAUAACAAAUACUUCAUGAGAGGAAACCCAAAAGGCCUAGAUUGUAGUGGACAAUUUCACAAGAGAAUUCACAUUUGAAUUGAAUUAGGAAGUAUAUUAAUGAUGUGAAAACUAGUGGCUAGUGAGCUUGACUUUGAUUCCAAGCAAUAUCAUGGUAGCAUUUUUGAGCAUUAAGCAGAGGAGAGAAUUAAUUUCCAUGAACCAAUACGGAAUUGUCAAAAAUUCAUACUAGACACACCCUAUUUCCUUGUUUUUGACAGGGUUAUUAUAUUAGUCUAUCAGGGAAACAGUCCUAAGGUGCCAGUCCCAACUCUGCUACUUGCUGUGUGAUUUUGGACAAGUCACUUAAACUCUCUGGGCCUCAGUUUUCUCAUCUGUAAAGUGAAAGGGUUCUACUACAUGACUCCUAAGGUCUUUAUUCUAAAUCUGUGAUACAUGAAAGUGGCCUGUUGAAUCCUUGUGGACAAGAUGGAGGGAGAUGUCCAAUGGCAUGCCACAAGGCUCUUUGAUUUUUAUUUAAAAGCCCAGUUACUUGCACAAAGGCAACAUGUAUCUGGGAGGGACAGCUAAUACCUUGGACAACAUAAUCAGGAUCCAAAAAGAACUGCUGGGCCAAAUCUAAGAAGAUUAAAGUUAAUGAGGAUAAAUGGAGGCCUACAUUUAGGUUAACAAAUCAACAAUACAGUUGUCUAAGAGUGGGGAGAUAUGGCAAAUAUGGUGAAAUGGCAAAUGUCCAAGGGAGAAAACUUGAAAGCCAAGUCAUUCCAGAGAUUAGUCAGAAGACAAGAGAGAGAGAGUGUGACUCUUGUGCCCAAGUAUUCAAAGGGCCCCCUAUAGAAUAGCAACUUGGUCCUAGAGCCCAGAAUCAGGAUGAAAAGGUGAAAGAUAGAAAGCAGCAGGGUCCUGGUCUCCAUCUUUGAACUUCCCCAAGGGGCUCAGGGCUUGUUCCUUGCCUUCUUCCCUUAUCAUGUGCUUAACACCCACCCUUUGGACUUCUGGCCCCUGUUUGUCCCUCUGGGAGCUGGGUAUCUCCAGGAACCCAAGUGCUCCCUCCCUCCGCCAUCCCACCCCCCAGUAGAAUAGGGUUUACGAAGCACUAGCUCUUCUUGGAGAAGCUAGUCUCCUAAAGUGUCCAACUCUGACUUUUCCAGCCCCCCAAGUAGAGCUCACCAUACCUCUUCCUGCCUGGGGUGAAGGGGUGUCCAUCUAUCAUCUCUACUCUUCUAUUACCACCCCCCCAAGGCAGAUGUAAAAACAGAAAAUCUCCAGUCUGCUUCCCUCAAGUCCUGAUCAAUCUUCUGCUAGAAUUCCCUGUUCUGUGCUGUGCCUUCCCUAGAUGAGAGGGAUUCCUCCAUACUCUCCCAGCACCAAUAGUAUGGGCUGUCUUUUAAGAUACUGAGUUCCCCUUCACUGCAGGUCUACAAGUAGAGGCUGGCUAAUCACUUGCUGAGAAUGGAGUAACAAGGUUUUUUUUUUUUUUGGUUUUAUGUAAGGGUUAGCCUGAAUGAUCUAUGAGGGCCCUUCCAGCUCCAGGUCCAUGAUGAAAAAGGUCAUAGACAUGAGGAGGAACAGAAUCUGAGGGCAAU